CGUUCACCGUACUGCGCGAGAAUGUCAACACACUCCGAUACGCCGCCGCAGUCCAACAGUUCCAAACUGUACUCACCCCCAUGCCUGAUGGAGGGUAAACCCCGUUUUCGUCCAAUCUUUGUCAUCAGCUUGUUCAGCGCCCAUCUGUUUCUCGCCAUCGUGAUCAUUACGGCCGGCACGGUUGCAUCGGUAGCCGGCUGGCCACAGCCCGCGGGCGACACCGAUCGCUCGUCCUCCGUGUACUUCCUCAUCAUCUAUCUGCGCAUCGUGUACUGGCUGGUAACGUACGUGAUCCACGAGCGCAACAAAGCCGAAUUCGUACGGCUGGCCGAGCCGGACUUUGACCACUACCGGGCGCUGGCCGUCUACCGGAAGGCACCGCUGCAGAUCGCAACGCUCUGGAAUGUGAUACUGCUGACGGUGCAGAACCAGGUGCGCUAUCUGUUUCCGUACGAGCGGCCGGACCAUGGGGCGGGUGGCGCACUGAAUCCCGCCAUCACGCCGCAGGUGUUUGUGGUCGUCGUGUGUGCCCUCGAGCUGCUGGUGCUGCUCUGCUUCUACGUGCCGCUGGUACGCAUCCUGAUCGACAUACGGCGUGGGGAAGGGCACGGUAAGGUGACCGAUCUGCGGUACCGUCGCAUGACCGAUACGGAACUGGCGGAGCAACCGAUCGAGUGGCAGCUGGAAAGGCAAGCCGUCCUGAUCAAGCGGCUGCGCGCGGAACGCGAUCGUUUGCAGCGCGAAGCAAAGCUGCUCGGCGUUGAUCUUUGCUGAUGAACUGUUUGAAUGCGUCACGCGUACUUUAGUAGCUUUGUGUAUUGCCAUAUGCUGUUAAACUUAUGUAUUGUCGCCGAUUGGUACGUACCCAAAACGUACGGGUUGGAAAAACAACAAUUCAUUUCUUGAUAUGUUUAUUUGUUAAUUAGUUUUGGUCACAAAAAAAUAAUAGUAAGCUACUGCACUGCAAGGGAGAGUGUGUGGGUGAGAGAAGAGAAUUCAAAUCGAAUCACACAGCCGUAAAACAGAACGGGGACUCGGAAGAGAGAAUCCCUUUACAGAACGAAAUUAAAUAAAUAUACGUGCACAUGGCCGUGAUCAGUCCCACACAUACGAUCAACUACGCACUAAAUCCCUA